UCUAAAAUGAUACAGGAAAAGAAAACAGAAGUUGACCAGUUGACCAGUACAGCAGAGAAAAACUCACACAGGAAACAUAAGCACGAGCAAACACAAUGGUCUCAUAUGCAAAAGCAAAAAUAUUCUACGUUUCAGUUGGGUUUUGGCUCAUUUCAGGUGUUGAAAUCUAUGAUGGUUGGGUAAACAAUAUAGUAACUGUUCAGACCGGAGGAUCUGUCACCAUCCCAUGUCAUUAUGAUGAGAAAUACUCACAGAUGAAGAAAUACUGGUACUCAGAGAUUGAUAGAUCUAAAACAUACACAAACACAACAGAGGAGAAUCUGUCAGUAAUUGAUCAUCCUGAUCAGAGACUCUUCACUGUGACGAUGAGAAACCUGCAGAACAAACACACUGGAAAGUAUUACUGUAUUGUGGAGAAUGGAGAACCACCACUGGCAAAUAUAAUAUACGAGUUUAAUCUCGACAUUCAGUCUGCUCCUGAUGUGUCUGUGGUGAACAGCAGUGUAUCUGGACGUGAAGCUGGAGAUAUCAGUGUUCAGUGUCUCUACAGUUCUGGAUAUCAGUAUAAAACUAAACAGUGGUGCAGAUAUAAAGAUGAGAGAUGUUACACAGUGGGGAGGACUGACACAUCCCAGAGUUCAUCAGUCCAGAUCAGUGAUGAUGAUGGGAGAAGAUCCUUCACUGUGCUGAUGACUGGACUGAGACUGACUGAUUCUGGCUGGUACUUCUGCUCUGUAGGAAGGAAACUGAAUCCUGUUCAUCUCACUGUAACUGAGGCAGAACCAGACAAAGAGAAAAACACAUGGAACAUGGAGCAUUUCUGUCUGUCGCAGAGCUAGAUGAUUUUUCUCCACAUUGACCUGACAGAUGAGAUGAUUAGAAAUGUAUUGAUAAUAAGCUUUAUGUAUUUGCUUGAUGCUUAGUCAUUGUAUACUUAGUAACCAUUACAGAUAAAGAGCUAAUUACAAAAUUAUUACAAAAUUAAAGAUCACAAAAUUAUCAAUGAUUUUUAUAAUUAUAAGGAAUUUCUUUAACCUUUCCUGUAAUGGUCAUUUCAGCACCUGUCGCCUUCGGCACUCUUAAUAAAGCAUUUAUUUACUCAA